CCAUGCCUCCAUGUGUGCUUGCUGUGAGUCUGCGUCUGCUACAAUGACCAACAGUGUGGUUGCGACUGACUGCUGCGCGCAUCGAAACAACUGUGCAGUUGCUAACCAAUGACAAUCGGAGGAAAUCUUUCGGAGUAUAGAUUCCCAAGCAGCCGUAUUUAUACACAACCUACACAUCAUCAAACCCUUUUGCAAUGCCUGUCAGAACGCUUGGUUGUCCGUGAGCGAGAAGAUGCGUUGGUAUUCAAAGCCGUAUACCUGUAGGACAAGUCAUGGACUGAACGGGCUUUUGGACUCACUUGUGGAAUUUUAUGCUUGUCCGUGGCACGAUGCCUUAUCUGACUAAACCGCUGUUUUUACUCUUCUGUUUGGUCGUUACCGGGGAAUGCCGUAGGCUUGGACACCGAGUACGGAGAUGGACGGAAACCGUGGAGACGGCAAAGCUUGGACCAGAGACCACAAAGCAUGGCCCUUCCUUGACAAAGAAACCUCCAGAUGUGACCAAGAAUCGCAAGCUGAAGACAGAGCAGCUUCUGAAAGUAGAUGAUCAUGAUUUCACCAUGAGGCCGGCAUUUGGAGGCCCUGCUAUCCCAGUCGGAGUGGACGUACAGGUGGAGAGCCUGGAUAGCAUCUCAGAAGUAGACAUGGACUUCACCAUGACCCUGUACCUGAGACACUAUUGGAAGGACGAGCGUCUGUCCUUCACCAGCUCCACCAAUAAGAGCAUGACAUUUGACGGGCGUCUGGUCAAGAAGAUCUGGGUGCCCGAUGUGUUCUUCGUCCACUCCAAGAGAUCCUUCAUCCAUGACACCACCACAGUCAACAUCAUGCUCAGGGUCUUUCCCGACGGACACGUUCUGUACAGCCUGAGGGUGACAGUGACAGCAGCCUGUAACAUGGACUUCAGCCGCUUUCCUUUGGACACCCAGUCCUGCUCCCUGGAGCUAGAGAGCUAUGCAUAUACGGAUGAGGACCUGAUGCUGUACUGGAAGAGUGGGGAUGAGUCCUUGAGUACGGAUGACCGUAUCUCCUUGUCUCAGUUCCUCAUCCAGAAGUUCCACACCACAUCUCGGCUGGCCUUCUACAGCAGUACUGGCUGGUACAACCGUCUGUACAUCAACUUCACCCUGCGGAGACACAUCUUCUUCUUCCUGCUUCAGACCUACUUCCCGGCUACCCUCAUGGUUAUGCUGUCUUGGGUGUCCUUCUGGAUUGACCGCAGGGCCGUCCCAGCUCGUGUCUCCCUGGGUAUCACUACAGUGCUCACCAUGUCCACCAUCAUCACUGGAGUCAACGCCUCCAUGCCCAGAGUAUCCUACAUCAAAGCAGUGGACAUCUACCUGUGGGUCAGCUUCGUGUUUGUCUUCCUGUCUGUCCUGGAGUAUGCUGCUGUCAACUACCUGUCCACUGCACAGGACCGCAGGGAACGCAAGAUGAGAGACGAGAUGAGGGAAAGGGCCAGGUCACAGUCGCUGCCCUGCACCUGUGGCAUGUCCCAGACCAGGACCAUGCUAUUAGACGGGACCUACAGCGAGGCGGACACUAACAGCCUGGCCGGCUACACCUCAGGAACUAUGGGGCCCGAGGAGGACAUGGAUAUGCCCCGCGACAUGAUGACUGAGAAGCAGCCUCCUGGAGAACACACAGUGGUCCACCUGUCUGCCAGCAGCGAGUCAACGACAACCAAGAAGAAAGGCAUCAGGGCCCUCAAUAUUAUACAGAAUACACACACCAUCGACAAGUACUCCAGGAUGUUAUUCCCUGGCUCCUAUAUCCUAUUCAACAUAAUCUACUGGUGUUCAUACUGUUUAGGAGCGUAGGGUCUACUGUAUAGGAGCAUAGGGUCUACUGUUUAGGAGCGUAGGGUCUACUGUUUAGGAGCAUAGGGUCUACUGUUUAGGAGCGUAGGGUCUAAUGUUUAGGAGCGUAGGGCCUAAUGUUUAGGAGCGUAGGAUCUACUGUUUAGGAGCGUAGGGUCUACUGUAUAGGAGCGUAGGGUCUACUGUUUAGGAGCGUAGGAUCUACUGUUUAGGAGCGUAGGGUCUAAUGUUUAGGAGCGUAGGGUCUACUGUUUAGGAGCGUAGGGUCUACUGUUUAGGAGCGUAGGGUCUACUGUUUAGUAGCGUAGGAUCUACUGUUUAGGAGCGUAGGAUCUAAUGUUUAGGAGCGUAGGAUCUACUGUUUAGGAGCGUAGGAUCUAAUGUAUAGGAGCGUAGGGUCUACUGUUUAGGAGCGUAGGAUCUACUGUUUAGGAGCGUAGGGUCUACUGUUUAGGAGCGUAGGGUCUACUGUUUAGGAGCGUAGGGUCUACUGUUUAGGAGCGUAGGAUCUACUGUUUAGGAGCGUAGGAUCUAAUGUUUAGGAGCGUAGGAUCUACUGUUUAGGAGCGUAGGGUCUACUGUUUAGGAGCGUAGGGUCUACUGUUUAGGAGCGUAGGGUCUACUGUUUAGGAGCGUAGGAUCUACUGUUUAGGAGCGUAGGAUCUACUGUUUAGGAGCGUAGGAUCUACUGUUUAGGAGCGUAGGAUCUACUGUUUAGGAGCGUAGGAUCUAAUGUUUAGGAGCGUAGGGUCUACUGUUUAGGAGCGUAGGGUCUACUGUUUAGGAGCGUAGGGUCUAAUGUUUAGGAGCGUUGGGUCUAAUGUUUAGGAGCGUAGGGUCUACUGUUUAGGAGCGUAGGGCCUAAUGUUUAGGAGCGUAGGAUCUACUGUUUAGGAGCGUAGGAUCUACUGUUUAGGAGCGUAGGGCCUAAUGUUUAGGAGCGUAGGGUCUAAUGUUUAGGAGCGUAGGAUCUACUGUUUAGGAGUGUAGGGUCUACUGUUUAGGAACGUAGGGUCUACUGUUUAGGAGCAUAGGAUCUACUGUUUAGGAGUGUAGUGUCUAAUGUUUAGGAGCGUAGGGCCUAAUGUUUAGGAGCGUAGGGCCUAAUGUUUAGGAGCGUAGGGUCUAAUGUUUAGGAGCGUAGGAUCUACUGUUUAGGAGCGUAGGGUCUAAUGUUUAGGAGCGUAGGGCCUAAUGUUUAGGAGCGUAGGGUCUAAUGUUUAGGAGCGUAGGAUCUACUGUUUAGGAGCGUAGGGUCUACUGUUUAGGAGCGUAGGGUCUACUGUUUAGGAGCAUAGGGUCUAAUGUUUAGGAGCAUAGGGUCUACUGUUUAGGAGCGUAGGAUCUACUGUUUAGGAGCGUAGGAUCUAAUGUUUAGGAGCGUAGGGUCUACUGUUUAGGAGCGUAGGGUCUACUGUUUAGGAGCGUAAGGUCUAAUGUUUAGGAGCGUAGGGUCUACUGUAUAGGAGCGUAGGAUCUACUGUUUAGGAGGGUCUAAUGUUUAGGCGCAGUAUUGGCCCUGGUCAAUUGUAGUGCACUAUCUAGGAAGUAGGGUGCCAUUUGGGAUGCAUCCUAUGUUCAUCAAAUGAAUGUGUUUAACACACUCAUCAAGGACAAGGGAGGCUGCAGUUGGUGUUUACAUGGACAUUUAGUACUAAUGGAUAAUAUUUAGGAUGGACUUUUGACUGCGGCACUGGCAUAUAUAAGACUGAUCUGUACUGAAAAAAUAUAUAAAUGCAACAUGCAACAAUUUCAAUAAUUUUACUGAGUUACAGAAAUCAACCAAUUGAAAUUAAUUUCUUAUAUCCUAAUCUAUGGAUUUCACAUGACUGGGCAGGGGCACAGCCAUGGGUGGGCCUGGGAGGGCAUA